CCUUAACCAACAUGCAUGGCACUCGUUCAGGGCAACUCUUUAAUUGCAACUACAAACUGUGGGAAUGAGAACAGCAAUUAUUGAAACAGGAGCUCUUUGAAGAAAGUGUAUUACUUGCACUUGAAGAUCUGCUGGAUUUGGCCCGAAAGACCGUGAGUUGAUUUAAACAAAUGUGAUCUUUCUAGCAGGAUUGCGUGCAGGACUUAAGUCCUGUUUUGAUGCCAAGGAUUUAAUCAAACAGGCGGAACUUCAUCUAAACUGUGGAAGUACUAAUACUGUGCAGCCUUUGCAGUAAGUUCACUUUAAGAUCUGACUUUUAAGGGACAUUUCUGAACUGUUCAUGACAAUGCCGGUGGUAAAAGUGGAGAAAGGCUCUCCAGCAGAAACACAAUUGUCUGCGUCCAACACUCAGCAGCCGACAGAAGAGCAGCCCCGAGGCCGGAGGAGGAAGAGACCUCUGCAGCGAGGAAAGCCUCCUUACAGCUACAUCGCACUCAUUUCCAUGGCCAUAGCCAACUCUCCUGACCGCAAGCUGACUUUGGGGGGCAUCUACAAAUUCAUCACAGAGCGCUUCCCAUUCUACAGAGACAAUUCAAAGAAAUGGCAGAACUCCAUCCGCCAUAACUUGACUCUCAAUGAUUGCUUUAUCAAGAUCCCUCGAGAGCCGGGGCGGCCAGGGAAGGGCAACUACUGGGCCUUAGACCCGAACGCAGAGGACAUGUUUGAGAGCGGCAGCUUCCUGAGGCGCAGGAAGAGGUUUAAGCGCUGUGACAUGAGCACCUACACCUCAUAUGUCCAUGAGACACCAGUUUUCUCUCCUGUGCAGAUUGCCAGAUCAGCCACAUAUACCAACUCUGUCUACAACAACAUGACAGUGAGUCCGGCGUACGGGCAGCAGCUGCACUCUACCUAUUAUCCCUCUGCAUCUCCUCCUGGGUUUGGUCCUGGCCAAACCCGCAUGUUCAGCAUCAACAACAUCAUAGGACACCAGACUCCAGCCAGCAUGCUCGCAGGUCAAGGGCCAGAGGUGAUGCAGCAGCCCUGUCGCAGCUUCAGUCCUGAGGGGCUGCCAAACGGGUCUAGUCCCUGCAGCCUGGGAGCAGCGGCUUAUCAGAGUCAACCGUGUGGAGGAGCUGUAUCAUCACGCUCCUCUACGCACCCGGGGUUCACCUACCCCGUGCCAAAUGGUCACCCACACCAACAUACACACCAGGCUGUGUAUACACAGGGCCACAGCCAGGGGUAUGCAGCAACUGGACGCCUCCCCUCCUCAGCACACGGGUCUGUGGAGGCCGGGGACCAUUACGGCAGGGUAUCCCCCAUUCAGCUGGGCUCUUUCUCGCAGUAUAACAGUGCUGCAGGGCCUAUUGCUAACACUGGGGGUUACCUGAGACACCCAACAUAUCCAGGGAAUAUGGACAGGUUUGUGUCUGCUAUCUGAGCCACUAAAACCUUCAGUACUUCAGAGACUUGAGACGGCACCCAGUGAGCCAGACCUUAAUGUGCACAAUCGUGAUGGUUUCUCUCUUUGUUAAUGACCUUUGUUAAGGGGGCGAAAUUGAAAAGACUGAUUAACCGCCCCUGACAGAGCUGUGAUUUAUUACAUUAACCCUACACCCCAUUUUCCAUAUUGAUGGUAAUUGACUUUGAGAUGCUAUAAAUGUGGAUUUAGAGAUUCAAGGACUCUUUGCAGCAUGAGAGUGUAAAGUUGAUCUAAUGUCAAGUGUGGUUGAAAGCUUAUUUUUAUGUCAGGAAUUGAAUGUGCAUGUUUAAUAUUUACAAUAACGGUGAAACAUGACAGAUUUUGAAAUAUCAGUAUAAAUUAUUUUGGCUUCAUGGUCAUUGGCUUUGCAAUAAGUGACAUGAAGAACGUCAGCUUUCGUACAUUUGCAUGUAUUUUGCUGCCAAAUGAAAAUGCAUAUUAGGUUGCCUUUUUGGAAAUAAACGAAUGAUAUAGCACUUUGGCUCUUCAAGAAUAAAAUAUGGAUACUAUGGAUGUUUUAUUGCUAUUACAAUUUCAGCAAUUGUGCCUAAAUAUCACACCAGAAUUAUUUGUAUAUAAUACCUAAGGGGGUGCAUAUGGUUUGACACAUACUUAAUUAAUAUUAGUUAUAUUUCUAAUAGUAACACUUCAAGCUUAAUAUAGUACAAAAUAACAAGGACAAACAGGUCCAGACAUUUGCCUCUAGGAACAAAAAAACACACUCAAACAUGUUUUGUUUUUUUCGGCUCGCGUGUGUUCCUCACCGUUUCAGCUCAGCUGGUUUGUAGUGUUGUCUGGAGCCACAGCGUUUCCAGGCAGCGUGACCGGGCCCCAAUUAUCGUGUCCAGACGUCAACGCUGCACUUACACAGCCAGACACAGUUAAUCUACCACACAGAUCCACUAAUCAAGAAAAUGAAUUGACUUGUAACUCGAUAUUUCAGCCUGAAAAAGUUAAGUAGUUCUGAGGCCUUUAUCUCAACAGGAGAAACCUCCCUAACACGAAGUCUGCAUGUCGGACAAGAUGGGACUCGCUAGGAAACGCUACAUUAUACUGAAGAUAUUUGAUUUUCCUAUCAGAAAAGAAGCUUUGUUGACAGACACAAUGUUUUUUUAUCCAACAAAGUAUUCAUUGUUAAAAGAGUCUUAAUUUUUCUCGAGUGCCUGCAGAAUGUUUAUAUCUAUGUGGAUCAACUAAGAAUAGCAGUAAUCAGCAAGUGUCAAAUUUAUCUUUCAAAAGAAAAAUUGUAAUCAUGAACUCAAGAUACAGGAAACGAGGGAUAUCCGCAACAGGCUUUAUUUGAUUAACACUCGCUUCUGAUGUGGUCUAAUGGUAGCCUAGAAUAGCAGUAAUUCGUUGAUUUUCACAUAUUUCACCAAGUUGAUAUUUUAGAUAAAUAAUAUAUACAAAUGAUAGGAAAAACAGAGGUUUUAACAAACUCUGGUCCAGCCCGCAAUGGCAAACCACACUAUCAUCAACAAUAAACAGAAUGAUAACAUUUACUGUGGACUGUAACAUCAAACGUGACAGAAGAGAAACAUCUGCAAUCUUUGUGAACCCUAUCGAUCCACAUUUUGAAUUAAAUUCACUUGUAAAUGAAAACACUAGUUGUAUCAUUUACCAUUAUUACGUUCAACCCAUCAUCUAUGACCUUUCAAUAAAUACUGGGCUCAGAUACUAAACUCAUAACUGCUGUGGCUUACAAAUACCUUAAUUAAAACAAAUCAAGGCGUACAGCAAAUAGAUAUAACACAUGGCAAUUGAAGAGAUGUGUCAAAUGCAUUGCCCAGCAAAACUACUUACAGCAAAUUGUGCAAAAUGUGUCUGUGUGUUUUUUUAUGUUAUCACAUUUGCCGCCCACACAAAGUACAGUAGGCAUACAAUUUGAAACCCUUUUUAAAUGUUGUCACUGCACUUGAAAUAAAUAAAAAAUAUCACAAAAAAGACAA